UGUAUUUGCUUGCUUGGACAAAAUGGUAUAAUUUUAUUGGAAAAUCGCAUGUCUUUUUUUUCCUUUCAGCCCCAGUGUCAGAGGCACAACAAGCACCUCCACGACCGCCAAUGGAUGCACCAAAGACAAGCAAGCCCUUACAAAAUCGUCCUAUAGCUCCAGCCGCRGCAGCUGCAACAUCAAGCAUAAUGUCCAUACCAGGAGCAGGUUACCUGCCAUCUACAAUACCAGGCUAUGGUCAUCCUAUGAUUCCUGGAUAUCCUCCUAUGAUAAGGGCACCAUUAGGACCUAUUCCACCCCAGCAUUCCUUUUCACAUGUCCCUUUUGGUCCCUCUGCGGCAGCAAUAAGUGCAACUGCCUAUCCAAAAAGUUUGGGUCAGAUACGUAGCACAACCAUGUCAUCAGCACCCAAGAUACCUGGUAUGGCAGCUCAUCUUYCUGGUCAAGYAUCCUCUCUCCCUUCACAAACAAACACCUCUACAAGUGUGACAACAACGUCCAGGCCUUCUUCACCAUCUACCAAUCCAAUAAUCAAUUCAACAGUACCAUUCCAGAGUUCAGAAUAUAAACAAGCUGAAACUAGAGACCGAGGCUCUCCGCAUGUUCCUGAAAUGGCUAGAAAAACUAGCUCACCACAUUGCUCUUCACCAUYAGUGCCAAGCAGUACCACUCUUCUUACUAACACGAAACCAACUUUACCAACUCCUGCURUACAUAAACCUGGUCAACCUAUGAUGCUGCCACACUUUACRCAGGGCCACAACCCGUUAGCAGUGCUUCCACAACCAGCUGCCCCUCCUCUUAGUGUAGCUGCAGUAUGUAUCAGUCAAAACCAGCCAAAACCAGCUGUGCCUGUUGCAACAAUUGGAAAGAUGUAUCCAUCACAUUUAAGUUUGGUUCCUGGACGUCCUGGUCAACCAGAGGGACCUGCUUCACCAGAUGUUUCCAGACUUAGUGGCAARCAAAGUACUCCUGCUUCUCCUGUWACUAUCCAGCAACAUAGCACAACAAGCACUGUUCCYUCAACUACACAUCUGAUUGCAGCCAGUACACCACUACAGACGUCUGCUGUUGUUGAUGGACGUGUGGAAAGGCCUCAUCCAGGAGUAUCUCUACCCAGUACCAUGAUGCCUAACCCAAUGUAUUCUCAGUAUGUCUUUUCUGAGCCUGGACGUGGUUACCCRUUCCCAUUUCCUCAUUCAGGAUUCACACAGCCUUUACCAUCAGGCAUCCGCCCACCACAUACGCAGACAACACCAGCAAUGCAAGGAAUGCGAAUUCUAGACCAGCAAGGAUUCUUUGCUGCUGCAACAAAUAMUGCAAUAAGAAAUCUAAGCGCUGGAAACAUACCAAGUGAAGCUUUAGGKUCAGUUGCAAUAAUGGACAGUUCAGCAACCAACCCUGCAAGUAUGUAUAGCAUGAUUGGGAUGCAACAAGCUCCUAACUUACAAAUCGCUGURUCRUCAAGCAAUCCUAAUGCYACCUCRCCGCGUCCCAGCAUUCUACGCAAGCGUACCUCWGAAGGAAUACGUAAGCCAGCCAUAGUUCCUUACAACAACGAUGUGCCGGCACCAGUGACAAGUGAACCUUCAGCCAGUCCAAGGUCAGACAGUACACUCUCUGCUCCACAAUCUGGUCAGAGCUCACCCAAACCAUCCAGAUGAUGACUUAAAGUUUAUUCUUCGCAAACGUCCAAAGAUUUCCAUAUUUGGCGGCUAUAAAAUGAACACAAAGGCGGCCCACAAUCACUUCCUCAAAUAUUCCGAUGUGAGAAUCAAAGAGGAACGUAAGCCAACUGUCCAAGACAUUGCCAAUCAGAAAGGCAUUCUCCACCGUGUCAGUGGCUGGCGUGUCCACCACGUGGCUGCACAAAUGGACGAUUUGAGUUCGGUGGAACAGCAAGUCCUUCAAAAACUCUUUGAAUUUCGCGAAAAUUUACCGAAGCCAAGACCAGGCCAAAAAAACAAGUAUCAUGACGAACUGAUAAUGCUUGAUGAACUUGUCCAGGGUAAUAUCCAAAGAUCUCAACUUGUAGCUGAACAACUAGCUGAUAUCAGAAAAGGAAUGGUUAAGGUAUUAGACCAUCGGCCAAGAUGCGUAGAAGUCUUGCAGAAGUAUAUGAACAAACGAAACCCAAAGAAAAAGAAUUGAUUUAAACAAAUGUUGUGUAUAUAGGUACUGUAUGUUGUGUGAAUUCACAUGACAUACUUAUGUGUGUUUUUUGUGGAUGUGCUGAAAUAAAUUUUACAAACUUUAA